AUGCGGCAGCUCGCCGAAUCCCUGGCCAACGAGCUGUGGAGCCAGCAGCCGCCUCCACAAGAGCAGCGGCCAACGACGGGGACGGGCUUCUCAUUCGUUGGGGGCUCUGCGGCGACGGGUGUCGGUGGCAACAACAACAACAACUUGAUGUCCUUCACCGAUGACGGCUCCUCCUCGUCACUGCCGACGCAGCUGACGGAGAAGAAAGCAGGCAGCGGCCGGAGAGCGAGCUCGAGCGUCAAGGAGCACGUCGUCGCAGAGAGGAAGCGGCGGGAGAAGAUGAGCCACCAGUUCGCCACGUUGGCGUCCAUCGUCCCGGACAUCACCAAGACCGACAAGGUGUCCGUCUUGGACAGCACCAUCGAGUACGUGCACCACCUCAAGGACAGGCUCAAGACGCUGCAGAAGGAGCACCACCACUUCGCCGGCAGCAGCAGCGGCAGCACCACGGCGGAGUCGGACGCGCAAUGCUGCACUACUGGGACUGGCUCCAAGGAUGAAGCUGUUAACAAGUCUGAUGAUGAGAGCCCAAAGAUCGAGGUGGACUUGCGAGGGAAAACGAUUUUGCUGAGGGUGCUGUGCCGGGAGAAGAAGGGAGUGCUUAUCAUGGUGCUCACGGAGCUGGAAAACCACGGCCUCUCCAUCAUCAACACCAACGUCGUGCCCUUCGCCGAGUCAUCACUCAACAUCACCAUCAUGGCACAGAUUGAAGACGAAACUUCCAGAACAGGUGAACUUGUGAACAGUCUUACUUCAGCUCUAAAUAAACUAGGUUGA